CCAAGUUCCUACAUGAAUUCUUGAUGACAGCGUGUUUCACUGUUUGUUUUUUGCUAAAAUAUUUAGUCAAUUUUAGACAAAACUAGUUUCGUUUUGUAAUAAUGAGUAGUCAGAAGGGAAAUGUUCGAAAAUCUGGUCCCCAAAAAUACCAGAAUAAAUCAGCUUUUAAAAACAAUCUUCAUGACACAACCCCAAGAGUGAAGCUGAUGAACAGUGUCGUGCUGGGAGGUGUCUGUAAAAGAUGUAAAGAUGUCAUUGACUGGAAAAUUAAAUACAAGAAGUACAAACCACUCACAGUUCCUAAAAAGUGCACAAAGUGUCUCCAAAAAAGGAUAAAGCAAGCAUACUAUACAAUCUGUAUUCAGUGUGCAAAAGAAAGAGAUAUCUGUGCCAAAUGUGGAGAAAAAUCAGAAAUCGUGGAAGAGGCAGAAACACGCACCCCUGCAGAACAAAUGUCAAAUGAAGCACAGGUAGAAGCAGAACUGAAAAUGUUACCAGAGAGAAAAAGAAGAACAUUUAUGCGUCUUCAACAGCAAGGAAAGUUAACAAGCGAACAGUUAGAGGAAGCAAGUGGUGAUGUUGAUGAUGAGUUUUUGAGUGAUUUCGAUGAUUUACAGACAGAUGAAAUAGAAUCUGAUGAUGAGGACUGUCAAGAGAACAUUUGUGAUGAAAGCGAUGAGACUAACAAAGACAAAAAAUGUUGUAACUCAAAAUGAAUUACAUAUGUAAUAAUUAAUUCUAAAACAUGCAUAAAAUUUAACUUGUUUUUUAUUUGUGAUUUUAAAGAUACAUUGUUAAAGUACCAAAUGUACUAUUCACUUUCACAGAAAUUUUCUGCAUGUAAAUAAAGACAGGAUUUAUCGCA